UUGUCACCUGAAAGGGGGAGGAGCCUAAGGUGCUUCAAGAUGCUUAAAGUUACCUGGAAGGGGGCGGAGCCUCAGGUAUGGAUCAGGAUCAGGACUAACCAGUUCAGACUCCAUUUAGCAGCAGAGCAGAGUCUGGAUCAGAACUUCCAGAAGAUGGAAGAUCUGGAUCUAAAGGAGAACAGAGCAGAACCUACAGGAUCCAUCAGUCCAUCCAUGAGGAGUGACGACUCCAAACGAAAACCUCCAGAGUUCAGUACUGAACCUGGACCAUCAGAACCAAAAGGGCAGAACCACAGAUGGGGAGCAGAACCUCAAGGAUCCAUCUGUCCCUCAAUGAGGAGUGAUGCCUCCAAACGAAAACCUCCAGAGUUCAGUACUGAACCUGGACCAUCAGAACCAGAGAGCAGCUUUGGUGAGGAGGAGCAUCCAUCCUGCUGUGCUUUGGGUCAGAAUGUUCUGAUGGAUCCGGUCUGUACCAGCUGCCCCCCGUGUGGGAAACAACCCAGAACAGGAUCUGGACGGCUGACAGCCAAUCAGAGCAGCUGUUCUCCAGAUGUUGGUCUGCAGGAGGUUCUAGAGGAACAUAAGAUCAGUCUGAGGAGUAGAUGUGAAUGUGUGACUGAGGGAAGUGAUGAAACAGGAAGUAGAUCCCUCCUCAACAGGAUCUACACUGAUCUCUACAUCACAGAGGGACAGAGUGACGAGGUUAACACCCAGCAUGAGGUGAAGCAGCUAGAAAGAGCUUCCAAGUUCCAGAACCUCCAUGUUUCUGCAAUCAGAUGCCACGACAUCUUUAAAGCUUUCCCUGAUCAACAUGGAGCCAUCAGAGUGGUUCUGACCAAUGGCGUUGCUGGUGUUGGAAAAACCUUCUCAGUGCAGAAGUUCACUCUGGACUGGGCUGAGGGACUGGAGAACCAAGAUGUCAGUGUGGUGGUUCUGUUUUCGUUCCGGGAGCUGAACUUGAUCAGAGAUGAGCAGCACAGUCUUCUCACGCUGCUCCAUGUUUUCCAUCCAACUCUCCAGAAGCUCCCAGCAGAGCAGCUGGUUAAAUGCAAACUUCUCUUCAUCUUUGACAGUCUGGAUGAAAGCAGAUUUUCACUGGACUUCAACAACAGUCAGCUGGUUUCUGAUGUCACCCAGAAAUCAUCAGUCAAUGUUCUGCUGACAAACCUCAUCAAGGGGAACCUGCUUCCCUCGGCUCUCAUCUGGAUAACUUCCCGACCUGCAGCGGCCAAUCAGAUCCCUCCUUCAUGUGUUACCAGGGCAACAGAAGUACGAGGCUUCACCGACGCCCAGAAGGAGGAAUACUUCAGGAAGAGGUUCAGUGAUGAAAAGCUGUCCAUCAGAAUCAUCUCCCACAUCAAGACCUGCAGGAGCCUCCACAUCAUGUGUGGAAUCCCAGUCUUCUGCUGGAUCACUGCUACAGUUCUGGAGAACAUGUUGACCUCAGAGCAGAGAGGAGAGCUGCCCAAGACCAUGACUGACAUGUACUCACACUUCCUGCUGGUCCAGACAAAGAGGAAGAAGAACAAGUACCAUGGAGGACAUGAGACAAGGUCACAGGAGCUGAUGGAGGCUGGCAAGGAAGUUCUUCUGAAACUGGGGAGGCUGGCAUUUGAACAUCUGGAGAAAGGAAACAUCAUGUUUUACCAAGAAGACCUGGAGCAGUGUGGUCUGGAUGUCACAGAGGCCUCGGUGUACUCAGGAGUUUGUACAGAGAUCUUCAAAAGAGAGAGUGUGAUCUUCCAGAAACCAGUUUACUGCUUUGUUCAUCUGAGCAUCCAGGAGUUUCUGGCUGCAGUCUACAUGCUCCACUGUUUCACCAGCAGGAAGUCAGAGGUGAUCAAGACGUUUCUGGGAGAAGAAUACAGAGAAACAUCUCUAGAUGAGUUCAUGAAGAAAGUCAUGAAGAAAUCCCUCAGCAGUAAAAAUGGCCACCUGGACCUGUUUGUCCGCUUCCUUCAUGGUCUCACUGUGGAGUCCAACCAGAGAGUCUUAGAAGAUCUGCUGGGUCAGACAGAGAACAGUCCAGGAACCAUCCAGAGAAUCAUCACCAACCUGAAGGAGAUGAACACUGAUAGAAUCUCUCCUGACAGAAGCAUCAACAUCUUCUACUGUCUGGUGGAGAUGAACGACGUCUCAUUUUAUCAGGAGAUCCAAUGGCUGCUGGAUUCAGGGAAGGAGCUCUCAGUGACUGACUGUUCAGCUCUGGCCUUCAUGCUGCAGAUGUCAGAGGUUCUGGAUGAGUUGGACCUGGAGAAGUACAACACAUCAGAUUAUGGACGACAGAGACUGGUUCCAGCUGUGAGGAACUGCAGAAAGGCUCGACUUGGUGGCUGUUGGCUCGAAAAUUAUGAAUGUGAAGUUUUGGCCUCGGCUCUGAAGUCCAACCCAGAUCUGACUGAACUGGAAAUAAAUCAGAUCUUCAUACAUGGAGGUGGAGACUCUGAUAUGAAGCCUCUGGUUGAGAUCCUGGAGAGUUCAGUCAGUAAAGUGAAGAUUCUGAGGUUGUGGAAAUGCAGUUUGUCAGAGACCAGCUGGACUUCUCUGUUCUCAGCUCUGAAGUCCAACCCGACCCAUCUGACAAGACUGGACCUGAUCGGAACCAACCUGGAAGGUUCUGGAGUGAAGGAGCUCUGUGGUUUUCUACAGACUGAAGGCUGCAGACUGGAGACAUUGAUAUUGAUGAGCUGCAGUUUGUCAAAGAUCAGCUGUGAUUAUUUGGCCUCAACUCUGAAGUCCAACCCGACCCGUCUGACAGAUCUGGACCUGAGAUACAACAACCUGGAGGAUUCAGAUGUUCAGCAGCUGAAGCGUUUUGUAAAGACUUUAGAGUAA